ACAAGGGUCUCAGAAUUCUUCCUCCUGGGCCUCUCAGAUGAUCCAGAAUUGCAGCCUGUGCUCUUCACCCUGUUCCUGUCCAUGUACCUGGUCACCAUGUUGGGGAACCUGCUCAUCAUCCUGGCUGUCACCUCUGACCCCCACUUCCACACCCCCAUGUACUUCUUCCUCUCCAACCUGUCCUUGGCUGACAUCGGUUUUGUCUCUGUGACUGUCCCCAAAAUGACUGUGGACAUCCAAACUCACAGCAGUGUCAUCUCCUAUGAGGCCUGCCUGACACAGAUGUCUAUUUUUCUCCUUUUUGCAUGUAUGGAUGACAUGCUUCUGACUGUGAUGGCCUAUGACAGGUUUGUGGCCAUCUGUCACCCACUGCACUACCAGGUCAUCAUGAACCCAUGCCUCUGUUGCUUAUUACUUUUGGUGUCUUUUUUUGUUAGCCUUUUGGACUCCCAGGUGCAGAAUUUGAUUGUGUUACAAUUUACCUGCUUCAACGAUGUGGAAAUUUCUAAUUUCUACUGUGACCCUUCUCUUCUUCUCAACCUUGCCUGUUCGGGAUCUUUCACCAAUAACAUAGUCAUGUAUUUUGUUGUUGCCAUCUUUGGCUUACUCCCUUUCUUAGUGAUCUUUUUUUCUUACUAUAAAAUUCUUUCCUCCAUUCUCAGAGUCCCCUCAUCAGGUGGGAUGUACAAAGCCUUCUCUACCUGUGGCUCUCACCUGUCAGUUGUUUGCUUAUUUUAUGGAACUGCCCUUGGUGUGUACCUCAGUUCAGCUGUCUCACAAUCUCUCAAGAAGGAUGUAGUUCCCUCGGUGAUGUGUACUGUUGUCACCCCCAUGCUGAAUCCCUUCAUCUACAGUCUGAGGAACAGGGACAUCAAAAGUGUCAUUUGGAGGUUGCUUAGCAAAACAAUCUCAUUUUAG